AUGAUGUCAACACUGCAGAAAGGUAAAAGUCUCAUAGGCAAGCCAUGUAAGCUGGAAGAAAAAGUUAACCUGCCCAGGCUGAAAUUGAGAGGACUACCAUUCGACGCUUCAGAAGAAGAAAUAAAAACCUUUUUUAAGAAUUUCCAAUUGGCCAAGGUAGGGUACCCAAUCCACAUCAUCCGGGGGGUAAAAAACAAACCCACUGGUCAAGCGCAUGUUUAUUUCGACGACGAGGAGGAGGCCAGGAAGGCUUGCGAAACUCUGAAUCGGAAGUUUCUACGGAACAGGUACAUCGAAAUAUACAGCGACUACAUUUUCAACCAUAACUUAACACUCGUUAAGGAGCACGUCACAACGUUGAUGAGGGACCGUUACAGGAAAGACAACCAGUGA